AUGCAGAUAUUUGCUCCACAUUCACUGCCGUUAAAAAUGAGAUACCUUGGAGAAAAGCCUCAGUUGCUGCUCUGUACACUGAAACGAUCUGAGGAAGAUGUGAAGAAAAAAGGUGAAUAUCGUAAAGCAUAUUGGCGGCAUGACUCCUCAGCAGUCUGCUUCACGGUUUGUACAUUUCUUCCGGGUUUUUUCAACUGA